UCUUAAGAAUCUUGACUGUCUUAAGAUUUUGUAGCUUCCUUUUUUAAGUUUGGUUUGUUCUUUUGUCUUUUAGUCUUUAUUAUUCACAUGGUUAAGGUUAAAAGUUGCAAUCUCGGAUUAAAAUGAGCCAUCUAUUGUGGAUUCUCGUUGACGCUUAUAAAAGGUUGCUUUUUAAGUUUAAGCUAAAGAAGGGUAAAGGGUUACUUGCACUAUACGUAUUCUCUGUUUUUGUUCGGCUAAAACAGAAAACAAAUGAGAUAGCUUUCUGUUGAGAAACGGAUUCUGUGUGUCUGUGUGAUAUUUUUUGAGAAUAGACAACCGAUGUUUCUCAUGUAAAACAUGAAUUUUGUCCACUUCAAAUCUACAAAAUUGCAAUCUCUUCACCGUUUCUAGAAUAGAUUUGUUUUGAUCUGAAGGACGAAAACUCUCGGACAAGGACAAGGACAUAGACAGGGGAAGCUUGUCGAUCGCCCUGUUUUGCCUUUUUUUUGGUUCUUGACGAUUUCCAUCUAAGAAACUGAUUUCUGGUGCAAAAUCCUCUGUGAUGUGUUUCUUAAAUCAUUCGAUCUUCUAAUGUCAUGAAGAGAAGAGAGUCUGGUAAGUUUAAAGAGUUAUGGAGUCCGGUACAAGCGUUAGAAACAACAGUGGAAGCAGCAGAAACGAUAGCUAUGAAGCAAUUAAGAAUGGAUCAUGGUUUCAUCAGUUCCGCAAUGGUUGCAAUCCCUGGAUGGCUAGAUAUGUAUAUGGUCUGAUCUUCCUCAUCGCGAAUCUACUAGCUUGGGCUGCCCGUGAUUAUGGUCGGCGUGCCUUACGAAAAGUGACAAUAUUCAAGAACUGUAAAGGCGGAGAAAACUGUUUGGGGACGGAAGGAGUCUUAAGGGUUAGCUUGGGAUGUUUUUUGUUCUACUUCGUUAUGUUUCUUUCAACUCUUGGCACGUCGAAAACGCAUUCGUCAAGAGAUAGAUGGCAUUCUGGAUGGUGGUUUGCUAAGCUCAUCUUGUGGCCUGCUUUAACCAUCAUUCCCUUCUUGCUUCCUUCUUCCAUUAUUAACCUUUACGGAGAGAUUGCCCAUUUUGGUGCAGGGGUAUUUCUCUUAAUACAACUAAUUAGUGUGAUCAGUUUCAUUCAAUGGCUUAACGAAUGCUAUCAAUCCCAAAAAGAUACGGAAAAAUGCCGUGUCUAUGUGAUGAUACUAUCAACUUCCUCAUACACAGUGUGCAUAGUAGGAGUGAUUAUGAUGUACGUCUGGUAUGCACCUGAUUCGUCAUGCCUUCUCAAUAUAUUCUUUAUAACAUGGACUUUGUUCCUUAUCCAACUCAUGACAAGCAUAGCUCUUCAUCCUAAAGUGAAUGCUGGAUACUUGACUCCAGCUCUAAUGGGACUCUAUGUUGUGUUUGUCUGCUGGUGCGCCAUUCGAAGUGAACCAGUGGGAGAAAGUUGCAACAGAAAAGCAGCAGCUUCGAACAGAACAGACUGGCUUACCAUCAUUAGCUUUGUGGUUGCGCUACUUGCAAUGGUUAUCGCCACAUUUUCAACAGGAAUAGACUCACAAUGUUUCCAGUUCAAGAAAACUGAGAGCGAUCAAGAAGGAGAAGGAGAAGAGGAAGAUGGUGUUCCAUAUGGAUAUGGAUUCUUCCAUUUUGUGUUUGCCACAGGAGCAAUGUACUUCGCUAUGCUACUCAUCGGUUGGAACACUCAUCACCCCAUGAAAAAGUGGACGAUUGACGUGGGAUGGACGAGUACUUGGGUAAGGGUUGUGAACGAGUGGGUUGCGGUUGGCGUAUACAUUUGGAUGUUGGUGUCUCCUCUCAUACUAAAGAGUAGAAGACAAACGACAAGUGGGACAUAAGCGAAAAAUCGUUUAUGGAUCUCUUUUCUCCGCAUGUGGGAUGGAUAGAACUAAACCGCCUUUUUCACCUACGACCAGGAUGUAUGUUUCGGUGGCAACUCAAAUAUGUUCUCAUGGAUUUGGUGGAAAAUAGUAUUAGCUAGAAGAUUAGAUUGGGGAAUUGUUGGACGACAGCCAAAUCUUUGUAAGUAGAUUGUUCUAGGAAGGUGGAUUACAAAAAUAGUAAUGAUUAUUAUUUUGUCAUCU